UUUCCCCUUUUAUUCUCUUCAUACUGGACGGAUCUUUGUAAAACCAAGUGGAAAUCAACUCUCCAGGACAGGAUCUAUCGAAAGAGUUUCCGAGGAAUUGGUGCUCCCGGAGCCGCUCUAUUGAUUAUUUCAACUUCUCAACACCAAUGCACUGUGCCUCCCAGUAAUUACGAGCCGAGUGAACUGAGCAAGAGCCUCCUAGAAAUCGCCAACUUCUACUAGUCCCAGCACUCAUCUCCAACCAGUUACAGCAUCCAUCUCCAUCAGUUUCAGCAUCUACAGGAUAUCGAUUUGGAUCCAGAUAGCUAGUCGGACGAGUUUGAGUAUUUAUAAGAUUCGGAAUGAAAAAGUAUGGUUGGCAGGCUCCAAAAUCUCAGUGAAACUCUGAAAACUAUUAAUUUUAAGAUGUAUCUGGAAUGUUAUGCAACGGUGGUCAGUUCAAUCAAUGGUUUCCAUAGCUGGUCCGACUAUGUAUGGCUUGAAAUAAAAACGUAUGAUGAUUAUCUGGUUCUCAGCAUCAGCGUAUCUGAUUUUCACCUUGAAGGAGACCGGAUUCGAAAUUCGUUGGCAACAAUGGCGGAGCAUUCUUCAACUUGUGAUGGACACCAAAUGCUCCUGUUAUUAUUCGUUUUGAUCUUGUUCUUUUAA